AUGAAGCCUCCCCAGUCCAUUGAACAGGGCAUCCUCGUCUACACGUUAGUUGGACAAGAGCGACGCGUGCGAUGUGGCGAACUUGAGAGUUCGUACUCCGUUGCACUGUACGAAUACUUCCUCGUCAACCCGGACCCCCUCGAGCCCGAACAACCUUUCGACAUGCAAGCAUUCCCAGCCGCAGACGACAAUCACCUAGUUAAGGUCCCUACGGCGACCCUCGGAUUGACAAUCAAGACGCUUUUCAUGGACGUCACAGUUCCUGACAUCACCUCGUGGCGCGAGUACGGUGCCUGUUGGGUCUGUGGCGGAAGUCGAGAAUUAUGCCCGGAGCUCAGAUGCACCAGGGAGUGGAUUGAGGAAUUUCCCGCCGGGCAUCUCUCCUCUCGGGACUGCGGUACAAUAAUUAUGUGUCCUCUCUGCAUCCGCCUUCACUUCGCGGAAACGCAUUCAAUGCAGUACGAAUUUGAUGAGGAGGAGGAUUCGAUGUCGACAGAAGAGUCCACGGCGUGGUAUAGCGGACGGAUUGCAGAGCUAGGAUAUUAA